GUUUUACACGAUGUCCGGGAGAAACCGGUUGUUUUGAAAUUGUUUGAUUGGGUGUUUUUCGCUUCGUUUAAUCACUGUUGUAUUCGAUGCCCCACAAUCCGGGCGAUAGAGUGUUUGCAAAAAUCAAAGGAUUCUCAAAUUGGCCUGCUCGGGUAGAUUUUGACAUGCACAAACUAAUCAUUUAGAUCAACCCAUUACCCCCGGAUGUCCAGAUACCUAAAGGGAAGUUACCAGUCUUUUUCUACGGAACCUACCAAGUGUAAGUUUUUUCACUUUCUUUAUUCCGGCGCAGUUCUUUUGUGCCAAUGAAAAACGUUGUUUCAUACGAAGAGUUCAAGGAUAAGUGGGGGAAACCGAAACCUAAUCCGCAAUUUAUGACUGCUAUUGAGGAAAUCGAAACCAACCCGGGGAUAUUUAUGCUCGGGGAGGUAUUUUUUCUCGAUUAAUACUUCUGAUACUCACCAGGAUCCUCGCGCGGAAUCAUUUCUGCUCCAAUUUUAUAAGUUCAAAGUUGGCAGUUGCUCGACUUCCAAUCAGCCAUCAACUCGGGUGAAGUCGCAAGAAAUUCAUCCCGAAAAUACUCCAGAUGCCUCACCCUCUUCUCGUCACUCAGAUGACGGAAAGAAUGCAGUGUCCCAUCUCUGGCGAAACCACACCAAGUUAAAACGAAAGAACGCCAGUGAGUCCUUAAGUGAAACAUCCAGCGAGCUCAGUUCCGUCACAUCCAAGCGUGAUGGUAGCGAAGAAAUCCGCGAUAUUUCUGAUGAAUAUGACAAUAUGAGUGAAACAUUGAUCAAUGACUCUUCAGCUACUGUGGCAGCUAUGGAUGCUUCAGCGUCGGAUGGUGCUGAAGGUCUCUCCAUAGCCACCAUUCCCCAGGACUCCAAUCGUAUCAUUGAGUCUGAUCCGCAUGUAGAUUCCAAGUUAGCUCGGAAACUGCAGAAGAAAGCGAUGAAAAAGGCAAUGAAAAAGGCUGCGAAGCGCGAGGCCAAACGACUAGCAAAGGAGGCCGAACGAGCUGAGCGUCGUGCUCGACGUGAGGCCAAACGAGAGUUGAAGCGACUUCAUCGGUUGGAGAAGCAACGUAUGUUACAAGAACAACAGCUUGGAUUGAUCAUGGAUGAAGCUCAGCAUUCCUCCCCCAUGGAUUCUUGGGUUGAUCGCCCGCAUCUGGACCCAGUCUUCAUUUCCGCUAGCCGUCACACCUCUCCUGCUACUGAGUCUCCAUAUGACGCUCUGAUAGCGGCUGAGUUCGGUAGUGGUGACUGGAGUUCGAUGAUAGAUAGAUCCACAAGUCCGUUAAAAUUGGAUGAUUACGAGAAACCUGAUCUAUCUGUGGAUUUGAUAACUGAAAAGACUGCCCCCCACACCCCGAAUGACGCCGAAGAAUCGAUAUUCCAAAACGCCUGGUCCUCCGCUUCUCCUGCUUCCCCCCCAUUGUCACCUAACCUCAGCCCCACCUCCGAUCUUAAGCGAACUCUAGGUCAAUCACCAGAUGUUUCGAAGGUCGAUUACUCCGAGGACCUAGUGUCUAAAGCAGAGAGCGAAUCGGAGGAACUCUUUCCUAAAAAGCGAGUUAAGGUUGAACCGCAGCAUUCUCCUGUGCUUCCAGUAAAUCAGACUCCCGCUGAUACCACUCAUCCGGAUCAUGUUCGAAACUCUGCACCCGAAUCGAGGACCAAGCAGAAGAAGAAUAUAGGUUCGAAGACAAGGAGUAGGCACUCGCAUGGCACUUCGCAGAACGGAACCACAGUUUAUAAAGGAAUGGCCACUCGUCGCCGCCGUCUCAUUGACAGUAGUGAUGACAGCGACUCUACGGUCGGAUGGACUGAACCCCCCGAGCCCAAAACGCAUAAUCGUCUACGAGAUCAUACUGUUUCUGUUCCUCCGACUGAAGAGCCUGUUGUAGAUCUGCCUCCACUCACCAACUCAAGGUCCGACCACCGCGGUAGCGCUGUCCAAGCCGAAACUGCCGUCAGAAGAAGACAAAAAUCCAUUAAGAGCGACACAUUAGAAUCCCAGGCGAAAUCCACAACUCCCGUUUCGCUGGCUAACGACGCGCCAGGGGAUACGAAAGAGCCGCAGCCUCCCGAAGCUCCUCAUCUUCCCACCUCUCCUGAUCCCACUGACGUGGUCACUCAGCUCCACCAUCUAUGCAGAGACCUGAAAGCUAGUUUGAUUCGAGGUCAUGAAAAUUUCUCACUAGCUGUCCAGCAUCUCACUCGGCUUUCAACAAUUCCCGUGCGGCUUCCGCAAUUGGCACAAGCCUGGGAUCUGAUGGACUGUAUCAAGAAGUGCCGACGUUACAAACUGUCCGCAGAGGUUCGCGAGGCAGCUCAAGGAACUUUGCGAAUCUUUCAAGCCAUCCAGAGCAGCGCUACCAAGGAAGAACUCGCUCUCGCUCAAUCCCUGCUUGCCGCUCACCUCAGCCGUCCUGUUACCGCUCAGACCGAACGAGCAAACAAAGACGCCGCUCCGUCCAGUAACUCUUCGUCAUCCCGAGACCAAAUCGACCUGACCUUGCCAGCGUCCACCACUAAAUCCACUCCGCCUACAUCUGUUGUACAGACUUUUCCUACCACUAGCGCCACCUCAGACACCACUUUUACUUCUUUGCAACUUUCUCCCCCGAACCUAGAGGCGAAGUCGAACAGUCUAAACGCCGACCUAGCAGCCAAAGUGGAUGAUAUGCUGUCUCUGAUUCGUGCGACCGAUCAGCGCAUGGCGGCGGCAGCGUUUUCCAAUCCCAGACCGCCCAAUAAACCACAACUGACAUCCAGCCUUUCUACUGAAUCGCUCCCUGGAAUUUCAACAUCAUCCGGUCGUGUCGCUGAACUUGGUCACACCAUUCGGGCUUCUGCCGUGGCCGCGGCCGCUGCCCAUAUGCACGACGAGGAGGAUGAAGAGUCCGUGAUGUCUAGAGUGGAGCAAGUAGCCGCCUUCGAAGCAGCUUCCAAGAUGGUUUCAUCAGCUCCCCGCUCUCCACCUCCCCCGCCACCGCCUCUCCUUACUAGCACCGCCUUGAUCGCCACAACCAAGACCGGUUCCUUUGCCGUGAAACCACUUGAGACGUCGGUUGACCUCGAUCUAGAUUCACGCAUAGAGAUGCUCAUUACUGGCCCAAAACCUGGCACCCACUCAAAACCGACAAGAUGUCCACUAUCUCAAUCCUCAAGACCUCCAGAGCUAAACAAAAGGCAAGACUUAUCAUUGCGCUCUGUCGGCGCCACAGACACAGGUAAACCUAUUAACAUUCCACCCGCUUUGUUGGCACAGAGGCAAACCAUAGUCGAAAAAAUAGCCGCCAACCGCGCCUCCGCUUUAAUCUCGCCUCUGAAGCCCUCUCAGCAAUCGAAACUAACCAUCAGACCGCAACCUCCGUUAUCUGCAGUUCAACCAGAAUCGAAAGAUGACGAACUCUAUGAUUUACUGGGAGUUUGAGCCAGUGCGGAAUAUGACGCAUACCGGCUCCAAAUGCAUCAGUGGAAACCACAUAUGGAGCGCACCAAACUGUACUUUCUUUUGUUUCUUUUUUCACUUUCAUCCUUGUCUCAAAUGUCACUUUUAGCUCAUCGACCUGUUGUAGAUAUGAACAAAUGACCUUGAGCACUCGAUUGCAAAUCCAAACUUCACUGCACUUCCUCCGGGUUGCUGCUGCACUCUAGUUUGACUCACGUUUUUUCUCUCAGUCGUUUACCCUUUACUGAGUUAUGUGGGUGUAUCGAAUCCCGCAAGUGGGGUGGAACGUAUUGAAUCCUUUAUCAAAUCAUAUUUAUUGUCUUUCAUACUCUGAAGCAUCCCAAACGAGAUUCCCGGAUCCAGGUACUUCACUUUUGUAGACCUCCACGAUUCCGAUGGUUAUACAUUUAUGUUCGGCAC